GAAAAGUCACAUUAACGUCAACGUCACUGUUUUGAUUCGAUUUUUGAGGAAAAAUUCAUUGUUAAUUGUGAAAAUGUUUUCACAUAAGUGAUUUUCCAUAAAAAGAAAAGUUUAAAAAUUGUUCUUAUGCUUACGCGUUAACGUCGGACGUCAGAAUAGCUGAAAAACACUGACUAACAUUCAGAUUAAUAAAGGAUAUAAAUAGCUCCUAGAGGUCCGAGCAGCUCGCGGAACGAAAAAUGAACAAAGAAGCAGCGGAAGAUUGCGUGGAGAAAGCCGUCUCCUACCUUUCCGAAGGAAAAAUCGAAAAGGCCGAAAAGUUGCUUAACAAAUCGAUCAAUUUGCAUCCAACCAAACGGGCUGAAGAACUGCUGGAGAAAAUCAAAUGCGGGGCGUACACAAAACGAUCGGGUUCCGGGAACACAUCCGACGAGGGCGUCCGUCAGCGGGCCACUGCUGGUGCGGCCAAGGCGGAAUCCGCCAGUGAGGCCGAUUACACCCCGGAGCAAUUGGAAGCGGUUAAACGAAUUAAAAAAUGCAAGGAUUACUACGAGGUCCUCGGCAUCACCAAGGAAGCAACCGAUGCGGAAAUCAAGAAAGCCUACAAAAAGCUGGCUCUGCAGCUGCAUCCGGACAAGAACAAAGCGCCCGGCUCGGUGGAAGCCUUCAAAGCCAUCGGCAAUGCGGUAGCCAUUUUGACCGAUGCCGAGAAACGCAAAUCGUACGACCUGUACGGCAACCAGGACCAGCAUCAACACACCACUCGGCGGGCCGGCGCUCGCCAGUACGAGUACGCCUAUUCGCGUGGCUUCGAGACGGAAUUCACGGCCGAGGAACUGUUCAAUAUGUUCUUCGGCGGGAACAUUCCUACCCAGCACGUUUACAUGCGGCAACGGCGAUUCCACCGAUCCGAACAAUACCAACAACGGCAUCAGGAGGCUCAAUCAGGUUACGCCGCUUUCAUCAAUCUUCUGCCAAUAAUAGCUCUGAUCGGCCUAUCGAUGAUGUCUUCGUUCUUCAUUUCGGAUCCCAUUUACAGUUUGACACCUAGUCAGAAAUUUUCGGUUGCCCGCAAAACCAACCUCCUGAAGAUCCCGUACUACGUAAAGGAUAAUUUCCAUUCGGAAUAUCAAGGAUCGGUCGGCAGAUUGGAGGCCUCCGUCGAGGAAGAGUAUCUGAACAACCUGAAGCACUCCUGCUAUCGAGAACGAAACUAUAAGGAAACGAUGCUGAUGAAGGCGCGCAAUUUCGGCGAUCGAGAUUUGUACUACAAAGCACAGAAUAUCAACACGCCCUCUUGUGAUAAGCUACACAGCUUGCAUAACUAGUCAAAUGUUGUUUCUCCUUUCGUCUCUAAGAAUGUAAAAUAUAGCAUCUAACUAAACAAACAACAGGUUUGAAAUGAAAAUAAAAUUAGAAAAAAAAGGUGUCGAGAAUAUUCUGGCAAGCGUAAAUAAAAUUCAUUCUUCUCGCGAGUGGUAGCAUUUUCUAAACUAUGAAAACUGUCAUUUUUAUUGUAAAACAGCGUAGAAAGAGGUGGUUCAAUAAUAUCGUUGAAGCGGUCCUAGCGUCCGUGUUUAUUUUACCUUUCCCUAGUGUUUUGUGAGAUUUGAAAUUGAACUUCCCAUCUAGUUUGAUAAGGUUCUGUACCACGAAAGGUUGGUAGAAAGUUUAAUUGUCAAGCCAGCUGUUUUUUCCCAAAAUAGAUGCUACGUGGUUUGAUUCAGGAUUGUUAAUUCUUUUUUCGCAAUAAAUCGUAGGAUCAGUUAAUUUUUUGUUAUAUCCUGAGGAGUAGUAACUAGAAAAUCUAAACAAUGAAAUUUGAUAUCAGUUCAGUACUCAUAGCAAAAUAUCGAGCCAUUAUGUGGUUUAAACUUUCAUAUCUUUAUUUAUUUUGUUAAUGGAAAUUUGAAAUACAAAAACUACAUCGUACUCUGAA